ACAUUGGCAUCACUGAUAUGCAUCACUGCAUUCACGACGCUAGAAAUAUGAAAUACCAGGAAUAAUUAGCUUCUACAGUUUAUCCGGAGGUGUCUACAUCAUGUUACUGCGGCUACCGCUUGUGCUAGCCCGUUACUUGCACAAUGGACAUCUGCGUCUGAUAUUCUUUGCGCUAAUUGUGCUGCUAUUGGGCGGUCGCCUGCUCAUGUACCCCUGGCAGGACGAUGUACAGGUCUGUUUCAAGGAUAAGCAGCAGUUGGAAAACGCAGAGUCUCUUACAACACCUGAAACAUCGUCGCCGGAUCCUCCGAUCAUACUGCUAGAGGAUGUGCUGCAGGCGGAUCGCAAGCCAGCGCCUGGCCGCACCAUUUUCUUUCACGAAACUAGCUGCCAUAGGCCCAAGCGAAAGAGACCGCGUCAUGGCCACAAUCCAGAGCUGCAGUUCAAUAUGCUGCAACUGACGGCGCGCCAGGCAUGUGCCAUUGAGUCCGCGGCAUUGCAUAAUCCGAAUUUUCAAAUAUUUGUGCUGUUUGCUAGUCCCACCUAUCGUUAUAAUAGCAAUAGCAGCCAGCGCCAACCGCCGCUCAUCGAGGCCAUACUUAGCUACAAGAAUGUGCAACUGCGUCGCUUGAAUCUCUGGCGCUAUGCGGCAGGCACGCCUAUUGAAGCUUGGCUUGAGGAUGGACAGCUGUUUCGCUCCAGCUAUCUCUUCUCGCAUAUUUCGGACUUUUUGCGCUAUCUAACGCUAUAUCGUUAUGGCGGCAUCUAUCUGGACAUGGAUGUGGUAGUGCUACGCAGCAUGGAGGAUGUGCCGCCGAACUAUACGGGCGCAGAGUCAUUUACACAUUUGGCAGCAGGAGUCAUGAGUCUGGCACCCACUGGCUUUGGUCAUGAGAUUGCUGCCUCAUGUCUGCGCGACUUUCAGCAAAACUUUGAUGGCGGCGACUGGGGCAACAAUGGUCCGGGUGUUAUAACUCGUGUGGCUCAGCAGAUUUGUGGCACCAAGGACAUCACCUUAAUGCUUGACGAUCGAAAGCGUUGCAUGGGCUUCAAGGUAUUCGAUCGCAAUGCUUUCUAUGCGGUGCCCUGGAAGCAUUGGCGUCAUUUCUUCGAGCCACAGUUGCUGGAGCAAACGCUCGCCCACACCAAGGACUCCUAUGUGGUGCAUGUGUGGAACAAACACUCCAAGCAACUGGCCAUCAAGGUGGGCUCAAGCAGCGCCUAUGGCAAAUAUGCAGAGCUACAUUGCCCCAAGUCAUAUGCGGCAGCUGGUGAAUAUUUCUAGGCACAAGAGUAGCAAUAGAAUCUCUGCUGAAAUUACCAAAGAGGCAAACUAAGGCUUAAGUUUGUUUGAUUGUUAUGUUUGUAGGCAGGCACUUGCAUUCCAUUAACUACUCCAAAUAUUGUUCUACUUAGCGACCCAGAAAAAUGAGUAGUAACUAAUUCCACAACAUAAUCACAACGAGGAUUAUUUUUUUCGCUCUUUUUUUUUUUUAAAUAUUUUUAAUGCUUUCUAAACAAAGCUUACUAACAGUUGUGUGUAACGUAUAAAAGCUUUAAUAUAGCAUAGUCUCGAUAAUUUGAACACUCACUAAUACGUAGAGGUGUUCGUAGUUUCUAUAGCUUGAAAACAUAUUGAUUCAGAUAUCACUAGGGAAAAGUAAAUAUCAUAAUUCGAAACAGGGCUAGUAUUACAUAUAUUUUUCUGUUUCAGUUACACUUGCCCCUAUUUUCGAGAUCGUACUGUAACUAUAUUUAUUACUUGACAGAUUACUCACCAGAACAGAUUUUAAUUGCACUACAGAUACCGUCUAGCAAUCUGUUUAACACAAUUUAAGCGUUACACACUCGCGUUUUAACUAUUUGUUUUUUAUAUUAUGCAUAUAUCAAGUGUUGAAUGUGUUGUGGCUGUUCUGUCCCAUUCAAUGGAAUUGCAAAUUAAUUAUUUCAUUCUCAUCGAAAGAGUACAAGUUAAGCUAUAAAUGAAUGAUAUUCAUUUCUAUAUAUAUAUAUACAAAUGCAUAUGAAUGUCUGUGUCUUUACUUAAGUAA